AUGUCUCUCAACGACGACCGUGGCGUUGCGCGUGACGGCAGGAAGACCACCGCAACGCGGUUCGUGGUCACGCGUGAGGAGCGUGAACUGCUUGUCAAUCUGGUGACGCGGCACAAGGCAGUUAUCGAAAACAAGAGAACUGACGCGCUCGACAAGCGCGCUAAGGACAGUGCCUGGGAAAAGCUGACGAGCGAAUACAACAGCCAACCAGGCAUUCGUCGCGUUACGGGGGCACAGCUGCGUAAGUUGUGGGACAAUGAAAAGUCCAGGUGGAAGAAGAAGCAGUCAGAGGAAAAACAACAUUUUCGCACCUUAGGGGGCGGGCCAUCUACCUGCGGGCCAAUGAGCCCCUCAUUGGCGCUUGUUGGAGCGGUGGCAUCACACAUGGGGACACGGCUCCAGAACCCGCAUGACAGUGAUGGAGUCCACCUCAAUCAGCCAGUGCUUUCUUUAUCGCCGUCGCGGAUUUUCGAGAGGAUGCUCACUGGUAGCCAAGGCAACAGGGAAGAGCUGCUUGACGAGACAAUUCAGCCACAACUGCGACCGAGCGAGGGUGCUGGUUCCCCCGGACCUCAGACUACACAGUCACCCACGGAAGGUGCUUGCGCAAGCUGUCCCUCUCACACAUUGACAGUAGUUGCUCCUGGAAACGAGAAGUCACAAAAAACAGCAGUAGCUCCAGAAGAAAAUGGGGAAAAUUUGGUUGGUGCAGGAGAACGCCAACGGCCGAAAUCAACGCGAAGCCGCCUAGCAGCCAUAGAGCGUGUGCCUACCCCAGAAGUUGCGGCCCGAAUGGAGGCACUGAAAACUGAUGAGCAGCGCAAGCAGGAGCUGCAUAAAAUGCAAGUGCAGCUGUUGGAGCAGCAGCUGGAGCAGCAAAAAUGGCACUUCAAAAUCAAGCGCCAGAAGCUCCUUUUUCAAUUACAGGAAAAACAGCAGCAGCGCAUAGAAACCCAGCUGGAACAAAAAUAA